AUGUGCAAGAGGGAUUCUGGAAGACAAGAGUUUCACAGCCUCACAGUUAUAGUUCAAUUCCAGCACGAAUCUGGUUACAUUACAGUGACCCAGACAGGCCUAACAAGGGCGGUAUUCGCCGACGUGGCGCCCAACAUGGCAACCGCGGCCACGCUGGCCCUUGGCCGCACGCGUCAGGAAGCCCAUGGGCUGAAAUUAGCCACCGGCCAAGCCAUUCCCGUCAGUCACUCCCUCAUUUUCUCCUCUCUCCGCCCACGCGCUCCCACCUCCCUCGUUUUCUCCUCCAUCUCCGGCGACACGGGUGGCGAGGCGAUGAUCGGGCGCACAGCACGGAUGGAUGACCAAAUUUGCAUCAGAUUUCACUAUGGUGGUAGUUUUACCACCAUUGGAGGCUCGCAGUUCUAUGUUGGUGGAGACAUUGCUGAGUCUUGGAUUGAUAUGGACAGACUUUCCUAUUUUGAGGUCGUGGGGCACCUCUCUGAUCACUAUAAUUCAUCAAGUGUGGGGCACCUCUCUGAUCACUAUAAUUCAUCAAGUGUAUUGACGUUGUACUGGCUGAUUCCUAGGAAGCAUGAAAGUAAUGGGCUUGUGUUGUUGGUUGAUGACGAGUCCUGCAAGAUCAUGGCUUCUCAGCACAUUGGAUAUCAAUGUGUUGACAUGUAUGUUGAGGAGGUGACAAUGGAGCUCAAUGCAGAUGAUCAGGACAGAUGGUUAGGUGAUGAUGGAGGAUAUGGAGCAAAUGUUAAUGAUUUUCUUCAAGAUAUCGCUACUAAUGGAGUGGACAAGUCACUUUCAAAAGAUUCAGAUAAAGGCAAAGGGCCUGUAAUUACAGAAGAUGAAGCAGAGGGUGUGCAUGAUGAGGGAUCUGAUGAAUCAUCUGAUGAAGACUACAAGCAGCCAUCAGAUGAGGACAGCUCUGCAAAUGAUGAAGAGGCUAUUGAACUCAGAAACUAUGCAAGGCAGAUUAAGAGGAACAUCAGGGCAACGAAGUUAGGGAUUCAUGCCAGUGCAAUUGGAGAAAUUAGAGCAGAGGAUUUAGUUGAUGAAGUACCCAAUUUAGAUGAACCUGGAAGUCCAUAUCUUGAUUCAAGUGAAGAUUAUUCAUAUGAGGAGAACAGUGAUGGGGAAACUCAAAGGUGGAAGUCAUUGGAGAAUAGGUUUGACAGUAAGGCAGAGCUUCCAGUUUUCACACUUGGCAUGGCUUUCAUUGACAGCAGGCAGUUUAAGAAUGCCCUUGUAAAGUAUGGACUGAAGGCACACAAGUCACUCCAUUUUGUCAAAGAUGAGAAGUCAAAGGUCAGGGCUAUAUGUGACUGGCCUGGAUGCAAUUGGAUGAUAUAUGGGUCAAAGACAACAAGGUCAAAAUGGUUUAAGGUGGUGACAUUUUCAGAUCAGCAUACUUGCCCACCCAGGAGGGAUAACAACUUAGUUACUUCAUCAUUGAUUGCAAAUAAGUACUACAAUCAGAUCAAAGACAACCCUACUUGGCCUGCUGCUCUCAUAAAGGCUGCUGUUCUCAAAGACUUUCUUGCUGAUGUUUCCCUUUCAAAGUGCAAGAGGGCUAAGUCUAUUGUGCAGAAGCAAACCCUUGAUGCUAUAAGUGGGGAGUAUAGCAGAGUGUAUGACUAUCAGCUAGAGCUACUUAGGUCAAAUCCUGGGAGUACAGUGGUUGUCUAUCUAGACCCUAAAAUUGAGGACAAGAAAAUCUUUGAGAGGGAUGCAAACAACCAGAUGUAUCCAGUAGCUUGGGCAGCAACUGGUUCUUGUCUUUGCUGCAAAAGGACCAUCAGUAAUGGAGGACAAGACUGGGUUCUAAUCUCAGAUCAGCAAAAGGGACUCUUGAAAGCAGUAAAGGAAUUAGUUCCCAAUGCAAAGCAUAGAAUGUGUGCAAGGCACAUCUAUGCCAACUGGAGGAAGAAGUACACAGACAAAAAAUUGUGGUGGAGGUGUGCAAAGGCAUCAAACAGGACUCUAUUCAACAUGUACAGAGCUUAUCUGGCUCAAGACACUCCAGAAGGUGCCCAGGACAUGAUGACCACCUCACCAGAGCACUGGAGCAGGGCUUUUUUCAGGUUAGGUAACAAUUGUGACUCAGUUGAUAACAACAUGUGUGAGAGUUUCAACCAUAGUAUCAUGGAAGCUAGAUUCUACCCAGUCAUAUCUAUGUGUGAAGCCAUAAGGAAGAAGAUGAACAUUGAAUUGUCUGGGAAGUGCAUUGUGUUGUGGAAUGGUGCUGAUGGGUUUGAAGUGCAAGACUGGGAAGACAGGAAGUACAUAGUCAAGUUGAUGACAAGGGAGUGGACUUGUAAUUAUUGGCAACUGUCAGGCCUACCAUGCUGUUAUGCCAUUAGUGCAAUCUACAAAUCCUCCCACAAACCGGAAGACUACAUUGCUCUAUGUUUUAGCAAAUCAGCAUACAUGAGGACAUAUGAGCAUGUUUUGAUGCCAGUACAGGGUCCAGACAAUUGGCCAAUAUCUGACAUGCCUAGACCAUUGCCACCACCAUAUGUCAAGAUGCCUGGUAGGCCCAAGACACAAAGGAGGAGGGAGCCAUGGGAACAACCUAAAGGAACCAAGCUCAGCAAGGUUGGGAUUAAAAUGAGGUGCAGGUUAUGUGGGAAAAAUGAUCACAAUGCAAGGAGGUGCCCCAAGAACUCCCAAGCUAGCAAUAAGAAAAUGGCUCACAUCACAAGAGAAAAAAACAGGAAGAGGAAGGAGGCAGAGAAAGCAAGUGUUGGGACUAGUGUUGAGGAGAAAUCAACUACAAAGGAAACAACUGCAAGCACUCCUAGUGCUUCCCAGCCUAUUCCAACCCAAGCCAGUCAAGCACCAAGACAAGCUACAGCAAGGCAAGCUGCAAGUAGAAGUGGACUGCCUACCUCAAGUCAGUCUGCAAGAUCUACAACAAGCCAAGCUGCAAGUGGAAGUGGACUGCCUACAUCCAGUCAAGCUGCAAGAGCUACAUCAAGCCAAGCUGCAAGUGGAAGUCGACUGCCUACAUCAAGUCAGGCUGCAACAGCAAGAGCAAGUGGAAGUGGAAGUGGAAGUCGACUGGCCCAUCUGUUGUUUGGAGACAACUACUGA